CAUACUUAAUAUCUUCCUCUUUAUCCUUCCCAAGGCAGAACAGGCCUGAGACUUAAUUAUUCUCAUCCCCAGAAGUGAUCCCGCCCCAUCAGGGUUAAAGCAUAUUGGUUGACGACAUGGAGGAAUCUUCACCGUGGCUGCUGCAGCUGUACCUCAUCAGUGAAGAGAGGACCCUGGUUUCCAAGACAGCCAGCUCAGCACCUUUCACCAGCUCAGCACUGAUACAUGAUAAGGACAUGACACCAUCAUCUGCUGAGGACGUGGCGUUUUGCCUGAUCAUACCACGCUAGAAGCAAUGCUUCAUCACACCGCAUUUAACAAGGGCAGCCUCCCCUGCUUAGGGAGUCCAGGGCUAACUCGGGCAUUGGUGUGUACCUAAAACGGCACCAAAUAAUCCCUGCUUCCCUCAGUUGAAAAGCUAAUGCAUUCUUGUAAGUGAACGCUGUGAAAUAGUUCUCAGUGUUCAUGGAAGUUGGGCUAGAAAAAAAAUCAACAGACGAGUUACAACAACAAACAUGGAGAGGUAACAACCUAUCUGUGCACAGCGGGAGAUGAAAGCCAAGUGAGACAUGCCAGUGAACCAAUCCCGGUCCUCUUACACGUAACUAUUUAUUGUUUAGACUGUACCACAUAAAGAAAAGGGGACUCAGAAGAGCUGAGUCCAGAACAGCUCUGCUACAGAAUUCUUGUGUGACCUAGGGUAAGUCACUUCAUCUCUCUGUGCCUCUGUUCUCCAUUUGUGAAAAGUAGAUAAUAUUUCCUUUCUUCCACCUGUUGCCUGUCUUGUCUAUUCAGAUUGUAGGGCAGGGGCUGAGUCUUUCAAUAUGUAUGUACAGGGGUUAGCAAAAUGGGGAUCUAAUCUCAGCUGGGGCCUUUGCAUGCUACUAUAAUACAAAUAAUUAUUAAUAAUAACCAGAGAUGAACAUGGUGUUUUUCAGACAAUAAACAGGAGCAUGUCCCUGCCCCUAGGAGCUUACAAUCUAAGAGAGAAAACACAGCAAGAGAUGACCAUUAAGAAAGGGUAAGGUAUAAAACAAAGAGGACACAGGGUCUGAUCAUAGCAGAUGCAUCUUGUUAGUUCCUCUUUUUAAAAAAGCAAUAUAUUAAAAUGCGAAGUUGAGUUGGGAUACUAAGGGGAAGGAAGUCAAUUUAAAAUAACUUUUGUGUAAUCUUUUGGAGGCAAAUCUUUCAGGACAUUCUCAGCUAAGCAAACCUGCUUUGUUGCCACUUGAAUAUACACGUUUCCUUUUUCAACAUCAGGCUAUGUCCAACCACAUUCACAGGUAGUAACGAACCAUCAAGCUUUGCCAGAAUCCUGCCAGGUUUUCAGACUGCUGCUUUUUGCCCCUCAAGCCAAGAUACAAGACUUAGCCGAGAAAAUGGGCUGCCCUUUCUCAUCCGUUUUUCACCAGCUAAAUGUUGGUUAAACAUCCUCCCCCUUCCAGGCCCUGCUGUGCAGCACAAAAUCCUUCUGCUUAUUUCACUGGCCAUUUUGAAUUGCAGUUCCUACUAACUAACCAGCCCAAGCUUUUGGGCAGAUAAGUGAGCAAGCACCUUUGCAUCUGAAGAUCCCUGGGUCUUUGACAUGCGCAUCGCAUGACAUCUCUGGGAACAGCAGUGAAAUGUGGUUUUGUUUAAAAAUAUGGACUAAAAUAUGCUCUCUGUUUCUCUUGCUUUUAUCAACAGUUGGCUCUGUGCAGCGUGUGCAUGUGCCACAGUACAAAUCAAGUUAAUUCCUAAGCUAGGCGGCUUUGAGCAGAUCCUUGCAGUUUCAUGACAGUAGAUUUGUUUGCCUCGUAGCACAGCUGUGUCUGAGGAUGCGGCAUAUUCACUUCAGGUGUCUUGUGGCAAUGACUUUCUUGUGGGUGUCAAACAGGAUGCAUGCUAAGAAAGGUGUCAAAUGUGGUGGAGUCCUCUCUGCACCAUAUGGCAACUUCUCCAGCCCCAAUUUCCCUGGACUCUACCCCUAUGAUGCCGAGUGCACUUGGCUCAUAGUGGUCACAGAAGGAUCCUCGGCCCUGUUGACCUUUGACCACUUUGACCUGGAAUAUCACAACAGCUGUGACUACGACUACCUCAAAAUUUACAAUGGCUUCUCCAAGGAUGAGGGGAAUCUCCUGGGAAAGUUCUGUGGCAAGAGCUCCCCUCCGCCAUUUACUUCUUCCUGGCAUGUCAUGUCCAUCAUCUUCCACUCGGAUAAGCAUGUGGCCAGUCAAGGCUUUUCUGCAGCUUACCGGAAAGAUGUUUGUGGGGGAGUGCUCACGGGCCUUUCCGGCGUGAUAACAAGCCCCGAUUACCCUGAGAAUUACCCCAAUAAUGCCGAAUGCCGCUGGAUCAUCCGGGCAGUGCCCGACUCUGUCAUCAAGCUGGUUUUUGCUGACUUUCAGAUGGAAAACAAUGAGGGAUGCAAUUUUGAUUAUGUGGCCGUCUAUGAUGGGCCCACGAUGGGGAACAUGCAUCUCAGCCACUACUGUGGGAGUAUGAAACCCCCUGAUAUCGUCUCUUCCACGCACGAGCUCCUGAUGGUGUUCAAGUCAGACUUCAACAUAGGAGGUAGAGGCUUCAAGGCUUAUUUUUUCUCAGGCGAAUGCCAGGAAGUAUAUACAGCCAUCAAAGGAAAUUUCUCCAGUCCUCAAUAUCCCAACUUUUACCCCAACAAUAUCAAAUGUCAUUGGACUAUCCAGCUUCCCCCAGGAUACCGAAUCAAAGUCUUCUUCCUGGACUUGGCUCUGGAGGGGCGGAACAGUCUAACAGAUGGCUGUGAUUACGACCAUCUGGCAGUGUUUGAUGGAGGCACUGAAAAAGCUUUCCUCCUGGGGAAGUGGUGUGGGAGAGAGAUGCUGUCUCCCAUAACAUCCACUCGAAACAAACUGCUGUUGGUCCUCCACACAGACAGGAGCACGGCCAACAGGGGGUUCUCGGUAGCAUAUAUUGGAGUUGUUCCCGUGAAUGUCAGCUGCACGCGAACAGAUUUCCAGAUCCAGAUUCCUGUGCAGUCUCUUGCCCAGCUGGAGAGAAAUAAGAUUUAUUUAGGGACCCCAUCCUGUCCUGCCCAAGUGGUUGGCCUGAACUUUAAAAUACACACCAGGUUCGACACCUGUGGUACUGAGUCCCAGAAAAGAAACCACACGUCUGUGAUUGUCAGUAUCCUGUAUAUCGACUUCUCGGCUGGGAACCAGGAGGACGUUCAUGAGUAUGAAGUUCAGUGCGAGCCUAAGAGGAAAGAAGCCUCAGUAAACCUUAUCUCGAGCUCUGACCCCUACCGGCUGAACCAGUACGCAGAAAACCUGGUGGAGUCCCACGGGCAGGAUGCAGAAGUAGUGGAGGCCUAUGAGAGCAAGAGCCAGGACACCAGUGACAUUGUCUUCAUUAGCAUCUGUAUUCUUGCCGGUAUCCUCAUGGUGAUUGCUGUGGUUGGACUAGUGCUGCUAUAGGAUGCUGCCUUUGGCCCAAUUCCUCCUUGCCAGCCCUCCCUCCCCGUCACAGACACACAUGCACAGCCAGUGUCCUUUCAGCCUAGAUCCUGGGCUUAGAG